GCUGUCGGGAGAAAGCAGAGCACUUGGCACCGGAGCCCGACCCCGGCACGACGGUCUGUUCGCUCCUCAUCCGUCUCCCUGCCGGCCGUUUACAGCGGCGCUUCCCGCGCAGCGCUUUGCUCGAGGAGGUUCUGACAUGGAUUGAGUCCGAGCCAGAGGCCAAGGUGGAGAACGGCAACUUCCGCGUCGUCCAGAAAUGGAACCCUCCACGGCCGAGUCCAUCGGCCAACUCUCCGCGACCGGACCAGGCGAAGGAAAGCCUAGCUUCCCUGAACUUUGCGCGGCAAGAGGCUUUGUUCCUCCAGAGCUUCACGGCAGAUUCCAUGGAAGUUGAAGAAGACUUCACAACUCCACAGGUGGAAGUGGGUGGCUCUGCACCCUCACGGCCAGGCGAACCACGAGCACGAUUCGGUCUUGUCUGGGG